GUAAUAAGGAUGACAAUGCCUCGAAAUUCUUCUCUCUUAUCUCCACUUAUCAGUUGGAGUGUUUUUCCAAAGCGUGUUUUCCAUAUUUUCUGUUUUUCCGGCUCGGAAAUUGACGAUUUCUUGUCCAAAUUUUCUGCUCCUGUGGCAAAAUAAUUGAAAUAAAUCGAUUAAUGAACUUCUAUAACAUAUACGCUACAAUAUCCCGAGAGAAAAACAACUCCAUCCAGUCGACCAUUGAAUAAGUAAUGGAAUACGUCGUUAAAUCGCCAGAGCAUUGGAAAAUAGGCUUCAGCAUCUCAGAAUCCGGUUCAUCAUCCCAAACCGAACCAGUAGUCUUGCUCACGUUGCCUUUAGAAAAUGGCGGCGAGAAAGUGAUCGAAAUGUCGAUUAAAAUGUUCCACGUAUUACGACAACGAACCGCUUUACUAACCAAGUACCUCAUCUCGUUACAAGAGCAAUAAAACCACCAGUUAACAUCAUGGAACCACCACAAUCAUCCAAGAUAUUUCCAGCGAAUCACAAAACCGUGUUUCUCCUCGACCAUACACCUUAUUUCGGUAUAUCUUGCGGCGUUCAGUUAGAAUUCGGGUACACGAAGGGUAGACCAGGAUUAAUCCCUUUAUCGCCGAUUAGCAAAUCGUUAUGGACUUGCUCGGUCGAGGCAGCGAUGGAUUACUGUCGCAUAGUAUGGGAUUUAUUCCCCGAUGGUAAACUGAUCAGGUUCGUGAUCAGUGAUAGUUCGGCGAGAACGUUGAACUCUUGGACACCGGAUCAGCAAAACAUAUAUCAAGUGUUCGGUAGCUUGUCUGGAUGCGGAGCUCCUCCUAAACUGAACGCUACCUCAUCUCAGAGUGAAUUCUCGGUCAUACAUGGAUUUCGUACAGCGGUCGAAGCGAUGUGCGAAUGCUCCGAGAUACAGCACAGGAAACGUACGUCUUUGAACGAGAACGCGAUGGAGUUACAGAAUAGAUGUCGUUUGAUAUGCAUAACGUCGGCUAGAGAUAACGAGAGUGUUAAAAAUCUCGAAGAUAUAUUUCAAAACGAGCUAAUACGUACUAAUCGAGUAGCCACUGCUUCGGAUCACUUGGUGGCUGUCGAUCAUUGUCAUCUAAUCAUUCUGAAUGUGUUUCCUAAUUCGGGUCAUUCGUCAGUUACCGGACAUCCUUCGAUGCUGAGGAGUCCUAUUUUGACGACAGAAGUGUACAGCGUCGCUGCCGGUAAUCAACUGGCUCCGAAGAUGACUGAUUUAUUAUUAGCUCAUUAUAAUCUAGCUUCGACUACGGUUAUCGGUAUACCGAUGAAAGAAGAACAAAACGCCAGUUCUUCGGCUAACUAUAACGUCGAACUAUUCCACGCUUGCGAUGCUCAUACGGCCUUAUUGAAGAGUAACCCUAACGAACUGAAUCAAAUAAGCACCCCUAAAGAAGGCUCCAACUACGAAACCGUUACGUUAAAGUGGUGUACUCCUCGUAACAAUAACACCGCCGAUCUACAUAAUUGUACAACUUUACACAGAAUUACUCCAGCCGAGGUCAACAGUCGUCCUUCGGCUUGUCUAAUCACGUUUCUGCUCAACGGUCGUACAGUGAUGCUGGAAACACCUCGUAAAGUCGGUUCCAAAGGUAUGUCUCACAUGUUGACCUCAUACGGUGGUGAAAUCUUCAUACAGACCUUGAACCUAGGUCGUAGCGUACUCGAAGACCCUCCUUCGAUUAGCGAAGGCACCGGAGGACGCGUUACCGAUUAUCGUAUCGCCGAUUUCGGUUUAUUAAUGAGGCAGAAUCGACUGGUCCCACUGAAACGUCGUUUCUUGACCGAGAAAUCGGCCAAUAAAGAUGCCGAACUACCUUUGGAGAAAUCUAAAAAACGUCUGGAUAAGUUCACUAAGUAUUGGCCUUUGACGAUGUCGGCUAAUAUGAUAUUCAAUUACAAACAGUUAACCGAACCUUUACUUUCGAAUAUGCUCAAAGACGAGCUAACUCAAGAAGAGAUACUUCAAUGUAAACAAUGCGUUUAUAAUUUAAUCUCGUUAGAAGCUAAAAACGAACCUUUCCCUUCGAUUAGUGCGGGAUUCCAUCGAGGCAAAGGACCAAGACGAGAAGAACAAUACAAAGCACUCUGGACCGAACUAGAAUCCUACGUUAAAUUCCACAACUACUCCAAAGAUCAUCAAGAAAUCAUUAAUUGUUUAGUAGAAUGUCGUAAAAAACCAGAAUCGAUGAUUAAACUCGAAAAAAUCGAAAUCGAGCAAGCUUUGAAAGGUUACGAACACGAUCGCGAGCAAAUGAUGCAACGUGAUACGGUCAUAAGGACUACGUUCGAUUCGCCCAUGUCUCCUACACCUAGCGGUCAAACCAAUGGUACCGAAAAUGGUAAAACUAGUAUCAAACAUAAGUCUGUUUACGAGUACUUCAUGUCGAAGAAAAAGAAAAACGAAAAAUUAGCCGGUGAACUGAAAGCUACUCCUACUCCUAUCGGAUAUAUUACUAGGCUUUAUCCGCAACUUAACGAUGAUUUGCCUCAAAAUGUGAAACCGGUCGUUGAGCAAUAAUUUUCAUUGAAAUUUUGUACGUUUGUCAAUCAAAUAGCCAAUAGGUACUGAUUGUAUUUAUUAUUCGAGUCUUGAUUUCAUUUUUAUUUAUUCCAUUUGUAUUUAUAACUUGUACGUUUGUGUUUUGUGAUAUGAUAUUUAUAAAAAUAAAAUUAAUAUUUUCUAAAUA